AUGUCUCUCAAAUUCGUCACCCUCGACGUCUUCACCACCAAACCCUUCAGCGGCAACCCCCUCGCCGUAGUCUUCCUCCCCACAGACCAACAACUCACCCAACGCCAAAAGCACAUCUUAACUCUGGAAUUCAAUCUCUCCGAAACCAUCUUCGUCCACCCAGUCACCGACCCUUCCAAGCGCACCAUCGACAUCUUCACCAUCGAAUGCGAAAUCCCUUUUGCGGGCCAUCCAACCAUCGGUGCCGCGAAUUGGUUCCUCUGUCAAUCCGCAGACAAAAAUGCAGUCCCAGUGACCAGUCUAAUUACCAAAUCUGGUGAAAUCCCGAUUACCAUCCAGGAUGCGCAGAGCGGGACUGUCGCCGCGAAGAUCGCGCAUAACACGCGUAUCCACGCAAAGCGCUAUCAGCUGGCAGAUCUGCUAUAUCUGCAUCCAACACUGAAGCCGUAUUUCCCGGCUGAGGGGCUAGAGACUAUUUUCCCCCUCUUCUCGAUUGUCAACGGCAUGAGCCAGACUUUCAUCGAACUCCCCACCCUAUCAGCCCUUUCGGCCGUAAGCCGCGCCACAGCGGGCGAUCUGGUCUCGACGUCCGACCACCUGGAUGCGGGUUGGCAAUCUGGGUUGAUCUGCGUGUACUUUUUCGUACGGGACGUGGACGAUGAAGCUACGGGGCAGAAGGUGAUUCGUACACGGAUGAUGCUGGGUGGAUUGGAGGAUCCUGCGACGGGUAGUUCGGCCAGUGGACUUGCAGCUUAUUUGGCGUUGACGGAGGGGGAGGCUGGGGGUGAGUAUCGGUAUCAUUUUGUGCAGGGGGUUGAAAUGGGGAGGAGGAGUGAUAUUGGGGUUAAUGUUAAGGUUGAUUCGGAGGGGAAGAUUGGGGAGGUUGAGUUGACGGGGUCGGCUGUGAGGGUGUCGGAGGGUGUUAUUGCUGUGCCGGAGGUUUAG